GUCCGAGCCUCCGAGAACCUGGGUCUCGGGUCUGGCGCAGAGAGUUCUUCAGCUUGGCGGGGAGGAUUUGGUUAAAGCAGCACAUAUGGCAUACCAAAUCCAAGUCAAGCAGCUCUUGGCAGAUCCCAAGAAUGCGGACCAAGAUGGUGACUACUUCGAGGCAUGGCUAAGAGAAUGCCAUCCUCACAUUUACGAGGAUAUAGACACGAGCGAUCCUGCCGAGCUGGUGAAGAAAAGUUGGGUCGCCAGCGAAAGCAAACCGCAGCGCAAGCACAAGUUGAGUGAGAUCUGUAUCCCAAAUGUCCAUGAUGCCUUCAAGGAGUUGAUGAACUUUGAUCCCGACUCACGAAUCAUUACCAAAAGAGAGCGGGUCAUCGCUAAAAUCCUGGUUGAUGUUUACAUGCUUUGCAUCGUGGAUGUAGCUCUUGCCUUGUUGACGGCAGAGGCAAUCCUGCGAACUCCUUCCUCCCGAGUGGUGGUCGUCGUCUAUGCGGGUGCAGAUCACAUACGAAAGCAGGCGAAAUUCUGGAAGGCGCAUGGUUUGAGCUCGAAAGAUUUACCCGAAGAAGGUCUGGUUGGUCAAGAGGAUUAUGAGGAAUUUGAACCACAUAUCCUUGAGAUGCCUGAUGGCCUGCGAGAGUUUUCAAAGCUCUUUCCAGUCCCUUGA